AUGGGUCAGAUAGCACAACAGUUAGCUUCAUAUUCUCAAGCCCCAGGCACCCUACCUAGUGGUACGGUAACAAAUCCGCUGGAACAUAACAUUGUUAACGUUAUCGUAACCCAAAGUGGAAAGUCAACGGAGGAAAACAGUGUUGAAAAAGAUGGAUUGUUAGAAGUGGAUUUAGAAAUCAAGGAAACCAAGGACCAAGAUGAUGAAGUGAUACUACCACCUGUCAAGGAGAAAGAGAAGGUUUCAAAACCAGUCAUCAAACUCCUUUACCCUCCAAGACAGAAAAAGAAAGAUCAACAUGAGAAAAAAUUUGAGAGGUUCUUGGAAAUGUUCAAAAAACUGGAAAUAAACAUCCCUUUUUCUGAGGCAUUAGAACAAAUGUCAAUAUAUGCCAAAUUCAUAAAAGACAUCAUCUCCAAGAAGCAUUCCACUGAUAUAGACCCGAUCAUCCUAACUGAAACAUGCAGUGCCAUUCUCCAAGGCAUCGGCACUGUUCAAGAUACUCGAAUGACACUUCAGUUUAUGGAUCGCUUUGUGAGGCGACCCUAUGGGAUUGUGGAAGAUGUUCUUGUGAAAAUUGACAAGUUUGUUUUCCCAGUUGACUUCGUCAUUCUGGAAAUGCCUGAAGAUGAGGAAAUUCCUCUCAUAAUGGGCAGACCUUUCUUAGAAACAGGACGGUGCAUGAUAGACAUCGAGGAAGGAACUCUGACCCUCAAAGUCUAUGAUGAAGAGUUAAAAAUAGAUGUGAGGAACACAAUGCAAUACAAAGAUAAUAUUGGCACAAGCCACACUAUAGAGAUAAUAGAUCAAGUAAUUGCUCAAUAA